GUUUUUUAUUGGCCGCAGGUGCCAAAGUCAUCCUUGCUUGCAGAGAUAUGGCAAAAGCAGAAAAGGCAGUCCAUGAAAUCCGGACCAAGACGGGAAACCAAGAGGUUAUGGCCAAACAAUUAGACUUGGCAGACACCAAAUCUAUCAGAGAAUUUGCCAGUAAUUUCUUGAAAGAGGAGAAAGAACUCCACAUACUCAUCAACAAUGCAGGGGUUAUCCAGUGCUCCUAUUCAAAGACAGCUGAUGGCUUUGAGAUGCAGUUUGGAGUCAACCAUCUUGGUAAGUUUGCU